CACGUGUGUGUGCGUUGGUAGAAUUUGUGUCUUUUUUUUGUGACUGCAGCGAGUAAGUCGUUGCUUGAAUUUUUGUGAGAAAUAAAGAAGAGAUUAACAAGAAAAAAAAUGGCUGAUGAAAUUAAGUUAGUAGAUGCUAUUGUUAAUGAGUAUCUGAAGACAAAGGAUAAAAACCUGGCGAAAGUGUUUGAGCAGAAAGUAAAAGCGAAACGUGUACCCAAGGGUACACCCAAGCUGACAGAAAUCAUAGCUUACUACCGAAGCACAUUACAAAAGCUUCCAAUUGCUUCAUUGGGAAACUCGGACAGUGAGUUAGAAACUGACAGCGAUGAGGAAAAAGAGCAAGUGGUGGAGAGGCCGAUAGUGACUGUUCCCCCAAAUUAUGAAGAUGAGAGCAGCGAUGAUAGUGAUAAUGAUGAUGAGAUGCCGAAAGCUGAAGCUGUAAAGUCACCAGUAAAGGCAUCUUCAGCGAAAGAGGCAGCUGAAUCAAGCAGCGAGGACAGCUCCGAUGAGGAGCCAGCUAAACAGCCAACUAAGGCUGUCGGUGCUGGAAAAGGAAAACCCGCUGCAAAGACUGCAGCCAAGGAAGCCACGUCUUCAAGCAGCGAUGACUCUUCCGACGAGGAGCCAGCUAAGACCGCAAAGCCAUCCACAAAGCCAGCCGAAUCCAGCAGCGAGGAAAGUUCUAGUGAGGAGGAACCACCAAAAAAGGCAACAGCGUCUAAGCCGGCAGCUAAAAAAGCUGAAUCCAGUAGCAGCAGCGAUGACAGCAGCGAUUCAGAAGGGGAGCAAAAGAAAGGAGCUGCCAAGCCAGCGGCAAAGGCAACCCCUGCCAAGAAGGCCGACAGCAGCGACGAUUCCUCUGAUGAGGAGGCACCGCCCAAGAAAGCAACACCCGCUAAGGCAGCGCCGGCCCAAAAAGCUGCAGCGUCCUCUAGUUCUGAUUCCUCCUCUGAAGAAGAAAAACCGGCUAAGAAGUCAGCUGUGAAACCAGCAGGAACACCUGCUAAGAAGCCAGCAGCCAAGUCUGAAUCUGAGGACUCAUCCGAGGACAGCAGCUCCGAGGAUGAAGACACUGCAGGCAAACCAGCUAUCAAAAAGGGCGCUGCCCCAGCCAAGAAGGAAGAAUCUUCAUCUGAGGAAGAUUCCGAUGAGGAGGAGGAGGCCAAACCUGCAGCCAAGCCAGCAGCCAAGCCACCGGCUAAAAAGGAUGAAAGCUCUGACAGCUCCUCGUCCGAAGAUGAGCCGCCAGCAAAGAAGAAACCUAUGGCGGUCAAAAAGCAAGAGAGCAGCGAUAGCGACAGCGACAGCGACAGCAGCGAUGAGUCUGGCGAGGUGAAGCCUAAGAAACAACAAGCUGUGACCAAUGGUGUUGCUGGCAAGAAACGCAAGUUUAGCGGCGGCGAUGAAGACGAGGCAACACCCAACAAGAAGUACAACAAUUUCGUCAAGUCAGGUGAACAGCAGAAUGACGGUGGCUUCAAGAAGUUCAAUAACGGACAACGUGGACGUGGCGGCUCUGGUUUUGCCGGCCGUCCGGAUCGUAGCAAGUGGGAGAGCAACAAUCAAAAUGGAGAGGAAAACGGAGAAGGCGGUGGUUAUCGUAAGAGCUUUGGAGGCUUUGAGCGCAAGUCGUUUGAUGGGCAGCGCGGUGGUAACCGUGGCGGUGGCUUCAAUCGCAACGGUGGAGGCGAUCGCGGUGGUCGUGGCGGUUUCAACCGUGGCGGCGGCGGCGGCGAUCGUGGUGGACGCGGUGGCUUCGGCCGCGGCGGCGGUGGCUUCAACCGUGGCGGCGGCGGCGAUCGUGGUGGACGCGGUGGUCGCGGUGGAUUCGGACGUGGUGGUGGUGGACGUGGCGGCGGUGGCGGUUUCGGCAACAAAUCCUUCGAUUCGGGGACGAAACAAAAUAAGAAAAUAACUUUCGAUAAUUAAUAUAGUAAUGUAGUUUAGUGAUCUAUGCCACCAACCCACGACACGAGGGUAUCCAUAACCAUAUAGAU